CUCUGCUCCCGACCACGGCGGCGACGGCGACGGCGGCGGCGAGGUGACACCGAACGGCAUCAAGGUGCUAUUCUCCCCGGCCGACAUGCUCGCCCCGUCAGUCCGCUGGAAAUGGAACUGGAAGCAAGCGCCACCCACAAGACGGCGGCGACGGCGACGGCGAGGAGACGCUCGUCUUGCAGUCCAGCUGCUCAGCUACCUGACCGGCAUGGUCGCCCCCGGCGCCCUCUCCUCCGUCCGCUGGAACUGGAACUGGAACUGGAACUGGAAGCAAGCGCCACUCACCUCAACAGGUCAGUUCUCAUGUGUUGUGCCCGCGCCCUGCCCUAAAGGUGCUUGCGUUUAUUCCCACCACCACCAGCUUCAUCAGUACCAUAGUGGUCAGGCCAACCAACCACUCAGUUGCCGACCGCGCCCUGCCCUGAAGGUGCUUGCGUUUAUUCCCACCACCACCAGGUUCCUUACACCGCCACCUUCCUAGCUAGCUCGAGCAGCAUGGUCACCAACCAAGCACUCAGACUCAGUUGCCCACCACGUGCACGCACGCUUGUUUGCUUUAGUCAGUGGAACCGCAGCUGUCUCCGUCCUAUUGUCCGUCUCUCUCGGCGUGUCCCCAGAAAUUAAGUAAGUAAUGGCCGCCAUACAUCAAGAGGAGAGCUUGAGCCUUGUGAGAGCCAAUUCAAGUAUAAUAUGAUCAACCCGAGCCUAGCUUUGUAACGCUCAGCUUACCAAGCUCAUUCACAUGGCAUGUCCAUGUCCUUGUGCCGGCCAGCGCCUUGAAGGCCGCAACGUCACCAGCGCCAGACCCGCCUUGUCUUUACCCUUGGAUUUGCUUCACGGGAUGGGAUGCGAUUACUUUGGUUGAUCACAUCCGGUGGGAGCAAUGCUAUCUUUGGCUCGAGCAGAUUACUCGCCCGUCGGACCUGAACUUGGUCGCUCCUUCAGGAGCACCACAACUGAGGCUCCUUCAGUUCACUAGCACUAGUAUAACAGUAAAAGACCUCGAUGCUGAAGGAGGGCUCAUUUGCUUGCUUGUUAAGCAGCCAAACCAAAUGUGAUCCUGGUCUCUCUUGAUCCCACCCUCUCUCGUAUCAUCUCCACUCCAGGCAUUGCUGCACAGGUCGAAUGUAUUCCUCUUAAGAAGACCACCGAGCCUCUCCCCGAUACGUACAGACAGAGUAUAUUCUGGAACGACAGGAGUAGCUUUUAGUAUUGGUUAUUACUCCCUCCGUAAAGAAAUAUAAGAGCGUUUACAACACUAAAAUAGUGACCUAAACCCUCUUAUAUUUCUUUACAGAUGUAGUACUAGUUUAUUUGUAGCUCUCCAUUUUUUGAAUCUGUGUGACAAGUGGAGCAAGUAGCCUGAUUAUUACUACUGAAGAACUACUUUUGGCUUUGUGCAGCUGCUUAGUGCUUUCACCUCACACUUGUGCUUUGCAAGCAAACCAAAUGCACCACGUUGGCUUUGUUUAAUCGCUGAUUAAUUAACACUCGCUUACCAAGCUCAUUCACAUGGCAUGUCCUAGCUUGUGCCAGCCAGCGCCUUCAAGACCGCAACACCACUGAGUGACGCGAGACCCGCAGCCUAGUCUUGUUUUUACUCUUGGAUGCAUGCUUUGCUUGGGCAGCGAUUAGUUUAGUUGAUGACUUGUACCUGCUGAUCAUUAAUACAGAUUGAGAGACAUCAUAUCGUCGUAGUAAGUAAAGUAAGCAGCUAGUCUACAUGUCACCAAAUAACUUGCAGCUUGCACUAAGUACGACAUGUUAACAGAGCAAUUGCUUAGCUCAUCAAUAGUUCACAUGACAUUUUCAUAUUUUGUGAAUCAUAUGUCGUAAUGAUUAUAGCACUGGAAACUUCAUUCAAAUACAAAUUUGAUGGCAUGUGUUUUUUGUGGGCCGGAUACAAAUUCUGUUGGCCAAACUGAUUUUUGAAUCUCAAAAUACGCAGAAGCCAGUAGACUAGAAGGAGAGGGAGUAGGUUUUUUGUACUUGCGGAUGACAGCCCCUCGUAUAUCUUAUUAAGUGCGUGUGACAAGUGCAGCUUGUCCAGUAAUACUAGUUAAUUAGUACUAGAUCAGAUCUGUCCGAGUGCUAAACACUCACUAACUCACUCUCUCUUUCUCACUGCCGCUCUCCGCCGCUUGCUCUCUUCUCCCUGCCUCCCCCCGUUGCCUCGCCCUCUCCCCCAUCGCCUCGCCCUCUCCCCCGUCGCCACGGCGACGGCAGCUCCUGGAUCUGGACCAGCCGCACCGCACUGCUGCCGCAGAUCACCAGCUAGCUAGGCCUCCCUGUCAGUCGGCAUCCAUCACCGGCAGACCAGUACCUCGUGCGUGCGAGUCAGCGUCGUACAUCCUUGCAUCUGAUGGGAAUGUACGUGGCGCUCCGUGCGGCGCAAUGGGUGGUGGGCAAGGCACUAGCCCCCGUUGCCAAUGGCAUGCUAGGGGCUUGGGCAGCCACCAAGAACUUUGGUCCCAACGUCGAUGCCCUCAGCACGGAGUUGCUGCUCGUGAAGGCCACGCUUGAGCAAGCUGCCUACAAGGAGCUUGGAGGCCCGGCAAUGGAGAUGCUGCUGCAGAAGCUGCGGGACUCGGCGCAGAAUGCUGAAGACUUGUUGGAUGAGCUGGACUACUUUCGCAUCCACGAUGAGCUCCAUGGCACGCACGAUGCUGCCGACCAGCACGGCGAAGGUGGCGUGCACAACCUCGCCCUCAAUGCUCGGCACACCGCCAAAGCUGUUGGCAAACUGGUCAACUGUUGCCCUUGGCAGCGUUCUAAGCGCCGACAGAGCUCACACGACGAUUCCUCCUCAGCGCAAGAUGCCAAUCAGGUGGUCAGGGGAUGCAUGCCCAAGCUCGGUAAACUCCUACCUUGCACAUUUUCCCCACAUUCACAUGUUCAUGGUGAUGAUGACGAUCAUGGCAAUGGGCAAGAAACACCAAAACUUGAGUUUAAUAGGGUUGAUUUCUCUCAAAGGAUGAAGGAUACUGUAGGGAAACUGCAGCUUAUGCGUAAUGAGAUUAACAAGAUUUUGCAGGGUUGUAGCCUUAGAACUGUCUCAAAUAUAGCCCAGAGCCGUCCCAUCACCAAAGGUCGAAUUGAUGAGCCAAAAUUGUACGGGAGGGACCGUGUCAUGAAUAGCACCAUACAUGAUAUCACCAAUGGUCAGUACUGUGGCAAGGGGCUAACUGUGCUUCCGGUUGUUGGUCCAGGGGGAGUGGGGAAGACAACUUUGAUACAACACAUAUAUGACAACCAACAAGUGCAGGAUCAUUUUCCAGUCAUGAUUUGGAUAUUUGUGUCCCUCGAUUUCAAUCUGGAUAAGGUGCUAGAACAGAUUAAAAGAUCUACCCCUCAAGUUAGAAGUGAAAAAAAGUGCAGUACAACAGAAGAGUUGAUUGAACAGAGAUUAAAAUCUAAAAGGUUCUUACUUGUCUUGGACGAUAUAUGGCGGAUUAGUAAUGGGGAUGACUGGGGGAAAUUAUUGUCAACACUCAAUCAAUCACAAGAAAAGGGUUGUAUCAUUCUAGUCACAACUCGGUUUCAAUCAAUAGCACAGAAUGUUAAAACAACUGCCGAUUCAAUAGAACUGGGUGGUUUAGAAUCUAAAGAGUUUAGGAAGUUAUUCCUUGCAUUUGUCUUUGGCAGUGAGCAAUGUGGAAAGGAUAAACAUUUUUUGCUUGAGACUGGAGAUAAGAUAAUGGAAAAACUAAAGGGAUCCCCUCUUGCAGCAAAGACCGUUGGUAGAUUAUUGAGUAAAGAUCUUAGUUUGUGUCAUUGGAAAAGGGUCCUAAAAAGCAAAGAAUGGGAGAAGCAGACCGAUGGCAAUGGAAUUAUGCCUGCCUUGAAGCUUAGCUAUGACUUUCUCCCUUUCCAUCUGCAACAAUGUUUUUUCUAUUCUGCAUUGUUUCCUGAAGAUUACCAUUUCAGAAGCCGUGAGCUCAUCAAUCUGUGGAUCGGACUAGAUAUUUUGAUACCUGGUGGUCAAAACCAAACAUGUGAAGAUAUAGGUUUGAGCAAUCUAAAUGCUUUAGUCAUCCAUGGAUUUUUUAGAGAAGAGGAAACUUCUGCUGGUCCGCGUUAUGUUAUGCAUGACCUACUGCAUGAUUUGGCAUUGAAGGUUGCAUCACAUGAUUGUCUUAGUUUACAUCUCCCUAAUGAUGGAUCAGUAGAAGUUCAGCCAUCAAUCCGUCACUUGUCUAUAAGCACAGAGGACUUAGUGAAAUAUGAUGCAGUGUCCAGUGAAAAGUUAAGGAGUGAAUUGGAAGAAAUAAAGACGAGAUUGAAGGUUGAACAUUUGCAUACACUGAUGUUAUUUGGAAAAAUGGAUGAAAGUUUUUCUGAGGUAUUUGGUGAUUUCUUUGGGGAAGCAAACGCUCUUCGUGUUCUUUAUUUGCCCAACAUGAUGUAUCCUGUGCAGUCCAUGUUACAUAACUUUUCAGGACUUGUCCACCUACGAUGCCUAUGUCUAGGGACAAGGGUGAGACAGAUGCAUUUACCAAUUAGCAUCUCCAAAUUCUACCAUUUAAGGAUUCUAGACCUUGUGUCAUGGGAAGGGAGUCGUGAUUUGCCUGAAGACAUGAGCAACCUUGCAAAGUUGUGCCAUAUUCAUAUUCGUUUUCAUCAGCGUCAUUCUGAUAUUUGUAAUGUGGGGAAAUUUAAACUCUUGGAAGAGUUAAAUGUAUUUCGAGUCCAUGAAGAAAGUAAAGGAUUUGAACCAAGUCAACUAGAGCAUUUGACCAAGCUAAGGGAGCUUGGCAUCUACAACCUUGAGAAAAUACAUACAAUAGAAGAAGCAGCUGAAGCAAAACUGAUAGAGAAAAACUACUUGAAGAGGUUAGCAUUGGUUUGGGAUAGUGGGCGCUCUAGUGUUGAGCCUGUUAUGGAAGCAUUGGUUCUUGAGAGCCUUCAACCCCAUGAAGAUAUCCAAGUGUUGUGCAUUAGAGGGCACAGAGGCCCUUCUUGUCCAACAUGGCUGGGUGAUGAGUUUGCUGCUGAAGGUCUACAAUCUCUUUAUCUUUAUGGUGUUUCUUGGGAAAUUUUCCCUUCUUUAGGGAAGGCGUGGGAUCUUCGUCAACUAAGGUUGGUGGAUAUUGCCAGACCGAAGGUGUUUAUUAUAGAGAAAAGCUUUUGCAUGCUAACAAAGCUUGAACUCAUUGGCCUAGCAAGUUUUGAGAAAUGGGUUCUCCCAGCUGAACAUGCUCAUAUGUUCCCUCUUUUGCAACGGUUGACUAUAAGAAAGUGCCCGAGAUUAUUGGGGUUGCCUUUUUCAAACCACAUUGUUUCCCCAUAUUGGUUUCCCAAACUACAACAUGUUGAUAUACAGGACUGUCCAGAAUUCUCGUCAGUGAUUCCCAUCUCCUGGGUUGAAAGGAUUGAAAGUCUGCGUCUUGUCACGAUUAGAAGCGUCAAGCUACUAAAGUGGUUUCAAUACUCAAAAUCAGCCGAUGGAGUAAAAUUGGCAAUUUUUGGAAAAGGUGAUCUAUAUAGCUUAGAUCAAGUGUUAGUUUUUUAUAAGGAAGCAGGCCUUGAGAAGCUAGCACUCAAGAGGUGCCCACCUCUAGAAUUGAAGCACCUUCUGAUGCUAACCUCGUUGAAGACAUUGUUUGUAGAAGAAUCAGAUGGUCUGGUUGGACCACUAGGUGGCCAGGGUGAUGUGGAAUGGCAGCUCCCUGUUGAGCAUAUCCAGAUCGAGCGCUUAAACGGUAAUAGUGGGAAGGAAUUGACAGAGCUCCUCCCCCAUCUCCCAAGGCUCUCCAAGUUGGAAAUAAAGUUUUGUGGCAACAUAAAACAGCCAGUGCUGCUACAAACAACAGUGAUGGAGAAAGAUGAAAUAACAGCAGCAGAACAUGAAGAGGAUAAUGGGGUGGAUGUGCAACAAACAACAUCAGAAGCAUCAAAGAUGGGAGGAGGUGAAAUAACAGCAGCGACAGAGGAAGAGGAUGAGGAAGAUGAAUUGACGACAUCAGAAGCGGAAGAGGAAGAGGAAGAUGAAUUGACGGCAUCGGGAGAGGAAGAGGAUGAGGAAGAUGAAUUGAAGUCAUCAGAAGAGGAAGAGGAUGAGGAAGAUGAAUUGACGGCAUCAGAAGAGAAAGAGGAUGAGGAAGAUUAUUUGACGGCAUCAGAAGAGAAAGGGGAUGAGGAAGAUUAUUUGACGGCAUCAGAAGAGAAAGAGGAUGAGGAAGAUGAAUUGACCUCAUCAGAAGAGGAAGAGGGUGAGGAAGAUGAAUUGACGGCAUCAGAAAAUGAAGAAAUGGAGGAAUGUGGAAUAACAGCAGCAGAAGAGGAACAUGAUGAGGAAGAUGAAAUAACAACAUCAGCAGCAUCAAAGUUGGAGGAAGAUGAAAUAACAACAGCAGCAGAGGAAGAGGAUGAUGGGGUGCUGCUCUUCCCAGCUCAUCUCUUUGACUCACUACAGGAGUUGGUCAUCUAUGGUUGCCCAGAGAUGGUCCUGAUGAACCCACCAACUCUUGUUCCUGUAGGAGGAUGGUUCCAAGCCUUGAGAUCUCUCCAGAGAUUAAGUAUACAGCUCUCCCCAAAGUUUCUGUCUGCCUUCCCGUUUUCCCGUCACCUUUUCCCUUCCUCCCUGCAGUUUGUGGCGCUUUGGGGUGUGGAAGACAUGGGGACACUGGAGCCCCUCUCAAACCUCUCCUUUCUUACCAGAUUGGAAUUGAUUGGUUGCGGAAAAGAUCUGAAAUGUCAGGGCUUGCGCUCUCUCCUUACCACCAGGGGCCAGCUCGACGAAUUAAGAGUCUUUGGCAGCACUAUGUUCUUUGCUGGUUGGGAUCCCAAUCCUAGGCAGUCUUUGGGGGGUGUCGAGGGAGAAGAGCAGCAGACACAACUUGUUUCAUCCACAGUGCAGAAGCUCAGCACUGAUGACGCAGCGGGACUCCUUGCUGCACCCAUCUGCAGCUUCCUCUCUUCCUCCCUCACCAAGCUGGAACUUCAUGGGGAUGGGUCUGAAGGGAUGAAGUGCUUCAGCAAGGAGCAGGAGGACGCCCUUCAGCUCCUCUCCUCCCUCCAGCUACUUAAGUUUCAUGGUUUCAACGACCUUCAACAACUCCCUGCAGGGCUGCGCAACAUUACCAGCCUCAAGAUAUUAUCAAUCGAAUUCUGUCGAACCAUCUCAUCGUUGCCCAAGGAUGGCCUCCCUGAUUCACUCCAAGAGCUACGUGUCAAAUACAGCUGCCUGAAGCUAACACUGCAGUGCAGGGGGUUAGAGGGAACCAUCCCAGAAAUCGAUAUACGCUGAUCCAAGGGCAAUGCCUUGGAGUUCCCUUGUACAUUCUCCCAGCCUUGUAGAGCUCUUCCCUUUCCAUACGUACACACUUUGGUCUUGUGGCAGCCGUAUUCCUUCCUGUACAUAAAUCUGGUAAGCACACUAAAUGGGAACUUGACUCCUGCUGUAUCGUAUCAAUUAUAUCCACUUCCACUUAUACGUGCUGCAACAAAUAUAUCCACUUAUGCUCCUGCUAUAUUAAAUUUCCAUUUUCUUCUCAAACGAUAGUGAAGAUUUAUUUGUCAACACACCUGAUCUUUCCACAAGUCGAGAAAACCAACAUCACUGUCAGCCAAUGCCUUCUGCGAGUCUCUUCUUUUCUUCCUAGAUGUAGUUUCUAACGAAACAUGUGAUCACCAUUUGUCGUUUCCGGGGAUUUACUUGCUGCUCAACACUAGUGAUGAAGCUAUGUAUAUCCUUGGAAGCAAGAGAUUGAGUUGGGGAAAGGUAUGAUUGACUGAGACAUUCUUGUGCCACUGCAGCAGCCACACAAGGAUAGUGCUGUUUGGUAGAUGUGGUUUCAACUGUUCCUUGUGAUGCCCCUCAUUCGGUUCUUCCUUAGAUGCAAUGUACUUAAGAUGGUCAUAGAUGGAUUCUUGUACACUUUCAACUGAAUAUUCAGGUCAUAAUGACAAACAAGUAAGAUGCAGCCAACAAACUCUUAUUACUAAAAACCGGCACCGCAAAGGUGUGACUUACUGGAAAAGCUUUAGAUGGUGCUGAACAAUUCGGGGCACCUAAAGGAAGACUGUACUCAUGGUUCCUGUCAAGAACUGCUACGCACCUACUCGACGACUCCAGCAAUUGGUGUACACAAAACAGUGCAGAACGUUUGUUCAUGCGAGAACCGGCUGCCAAGAAGGGUAAUGAAUUGGCUUUUAACCAGUCCGCGGAGUAACCGGAACCAUGCUAAGGAAGAAGAAGAAGAAGCAGAAACACUGCCUAGUCCAGAAGAAGCGUAGCUUGCAGCUUGGUAUAUCUGAAGCCUGACAGCCUUGUGAUGUCGCUCAGAAGUUGCUGCAAUGAGCACAUCAUUCACAUUCAUACCGUGUGUGCGAUGCAAUAACCAGACUGCAUCAUCUUGUGAAGAAAUCGACACUUGUCAUGUUGUUAACUGAAGAAAUCGACACCCAGCUAUAUAUUAUCUUCGUCUAACGUGUCUGAAGACUGGAGAUGUCGCCAUUUGAGUUACCUUUUACUGUCUCCUUGCUCACCUGCCUUGCUUUAGCGUUAAAGUUAAGAUUACCUUUCACUGGCUGUAAUGGGCAUAAAACCCCGGAUCUAUCUGAGAGCCAUGGAGCUCAUAUUCCUGUACUUUAGCGGCAAUUCGUCUUGGCUGUCCUUAAUUCGCUAUAAUUCGCUGGCAAUCGUCUUGUGAAUUCACCUACUUGGUACCUGCCUGCUGGUGAAAUAAAUGGCCAGCUUGUGUUCUUCUCAGCAAAAGAAAGAAU